AUGACUCAACGAACUGUUUUUGGUUGGACGCUAUUUGGAAAUGUCGAUGGAUUAGAACCUGCUGCACCUCGUCUACAGUCGCUGCAUUGCGAUGUGCAGUUGGAUAGGGCUCGUACUAGACUGUGGGAGUUAGAAGAAGCGCCGCAAAAGACCCACCUCACGUAUGAAGAGCGUCACUGCGAAGAACUCUUCGAAACAACGCACCGAAGAGCACCUGACGGUCGCUUUGUAGUUGAACUGCCGCUGAAACCCGACGUACUUCUGGGAGAUUCACGAAGUUAUGCUGUCCGAAGCCUACUACGUAUCGAGAGACGACUUGCUCGAGACGACGACCUACGACUACGCUACAAUGAGUUCAUGCAGGAACUUCUCGACAUGAAUCAUAUGGAGCUUGCACCGGAAUCAACGAAUCAAAUGUUUUACAUGCCGCAUCAUCCUGUUGUAAAGGAUUCGAGCGUUACCACUAAGAUGAGGGUCGUUUUCAACGCGUCAGCUAAAACCGCCACCGGAAAUUCGCUGAACGACGCAUUAUUUGUCGGUCCUCAACUACAGCAGGAUUUAUUUUCGAUUUUAACGCGUUUUAGAACGCAUCGCCAUGCAGUGGCCUCGGACAUUGCGAAAAUGUACCGCCAAAUAUGCGUAGCACCGGAGCAUAUUGAUCUACAGCGAAUUGUAUGGCGUCGAGAUCCGACUUUACCCAUACAAGACUAUCGUAUGCUGCGCGUAACUUACGGCGUGGCAGCCGCGUCUCAUCUAGCUGUUAGAUCGCUACAGCAAACCGCUAAAUAUUCGCAUAUUUGUGAUAAAGCUUCUGCUGCAAUCCACAAAGACUUUUACAUGGACGAUCUCAUCACUGGUACAUCGUCCAAAGAAGAGUUGCUACUUUUACAGCAAAACAUCUCAGAAAUCCUGAAAGAAGGUGGCUUCGAGUUUCGAAAGUAG